UCUGUGAAUAAUAUUCGUAACUUUUCCGUGAAAAAAUAAAUUGUUCCAAUAAUUUUCAUAAUCAAUCAAAAUAAAUCUAUUAAAACUUGCUAUUAAAUAUCCCCCAUAGUUUUCAUAGACUUUUUGAAACUUCAUCAGCUUAAAAAACGUGAAAAAAGGAUCUUUAAAUCAUCUGAUAAGACGUGUUUUCAAUUUCUCCAUUUUCGGCGUCGCCUAAAAGUGUUUUGAUAAAUUUAAAAUUUUUGACUGAUUUAAAGCGUCUUGGAAGUAUUUCCUCCAUUGAAUUAUUUGAUAAAGAAUCUUGUGUAGACAUUUUCUGUGUCAUUUGAGAAGAAAUUCUUCUGAUUUUUCUUAUUUAAUAAAAAUGGAUGUUGAUACGCGAGGCAGUUCGCCGGGGAGAGAGAGAGAUAGAUCCCGUCGAAGUGAAAGAACUGGAAGUCGAUUUGAUAAUAACGAUCGUGAUAAGUCUCGUGAGAGAGACAAUCGCCAAGAGUCACGUCGCAUCUACAUCAGCAAUAUCCCUUACGAAUAUCGUUGGCAAGACUUGAAGGAUUUAUUCCGUCGUGAAGUUGGCGAUGUUGCAUUCGUUGAACUAUUCAAUGAUGAGAGUAACAAACCUCGUGGUUGUGGAAUUGUUGAGUUCGAGAAAGCUGAAAGUGUUCCAUUAGCUCUCGACAAAAUGAAUCGUUACGACUUAAACGGUCGCAAUCUGGUCGUGAAAGAAGAUUUUGGAAAUGAGCGUGACAAGUACGGGCGUGUUGUUUCAAAAGUCGGUGGUGGUGGAGGCGGAGGCGGUGGAGGCAGUUCCAACUAUCGCAUGAAUCGUGAUCGAGACGAUGACAGAAUAAGUUUUGGUGAUGCGCGCGGUCAUGGUGGUGGCAACAUCUCAAAUCUUGAAAAUUUCAAUACUUAUGGCCUGUCGGUUAAGUUUUUGGAAGGAUUGGGCAUUACAGGUCCAUUACACACAAAAGUUUUUGUGGCGAACUUGGAUUAUAAAGUCGAUGCGAAAAAAUUGAAGCAAGUGUUCAAGCUUGCUGGUAGAGUUGUCAGCUUGGAAUUGUCGGUUGACAAAGAAGGAAAUUCUCGAGGUUUCGCGGUGGUCGAAUAUGAUCACCCAGUUGAAGCUGUUCAAGCGAUUUCUUUGUUUGAUCGUCAGACGCUUUUCGAUCGUCGUAUGACCGUUCGCUUAGAUCGUGUUCCCGAAAAGAGUGAGGGACCAAAAUUACCUGAAGGCUUGAAGGGAAUUGGCAUUGGUCUCGGACCAAAUGGCGAUAUUUUGCGUAACGUUGCUCUUAAUCUUCCAAAUGUUCAGAACAAUCCUUCCCAAAAUGUCUCAGCUAAUACAAUGAACAGUCUCAACACCUUGAACAGCCUCAGCAACAGCUUGAGUCAAUUGAGUCAACAGAAUCAGCCAGUUCCAGCUCCUGUCGCACCUCCAAACUCGAGCUUGCUUGGGCCAGUUCCAAACUCAAAUAGCUUGUCUGGCUUGACUAGUAAUCUGGCGGCUCUCACAAAUGUUGUAGGGGGUUUAGGGGGUCUUGGAGCUCUUUCAAAUCCACUUUUAUCGUCUGCUGCUGCCAGUUUAAAUUCUCUGGGCAUUAAUCUUAAUAGUGGUAAUGAUGUAAACUCAGCACAAAAGCAGCAAGGCUCGUUUAAUGCAUACAACACAAGUGGUGGGUUUAAUUCGGGAAAUAGUGGAAGGGUUGAUGAUAUGUCGUUUGGUGGAAAUCAAAUUCGUAAUUAUAAUACGUCCUCGAACGAUGAUUACAAUUCUCGUAAUUUUGGCAACACUGGCGGUAAUUCGAGUCGCAAACAACCAAGUGACACAAUCAUUGUUAGAAAUCUUCCAUCAUCGUGGACAUGGCAAAAUUUGCGUGACAAAUUUCGUGAUGUUGGUGAAGUGAAGUUUGCUGAAAUUCGCGGUUUAGACACGGGAGUUGUUCGCUUCUCUAAAGAACGAGAAGCCGAAGUUGCUAUCAAACUCAUGGAUGGAUCACGUUUCGAUGGACGUUUAGUUGAAAUCGACUAUUUUUAAGACAAAUCAUUCAUCUUCACAUUGACGAAUAUUGUAAAAUAUUUUUUCUUUUGUUUCUUUAUCAUUUCGAAGUUUCCAUUUAAGACGCUUGACAAUUUACAAAUAGUUUCAUUAUCAAGCAUUUGGUUUCCUCUAUUUUUAAUAGUUUUUUUUAAACUAAGCUGCAUUCAUCUUGAAGAUUUUGUUCUUUUUUUUGUCGCUUUAAUUCUGACAUCAACAUUACUUAACAUGUUUAAGAUACAAAUAAAAAUAAGUUCAUGACAAAAGUUUAAAA